GCUCGCAGACAAUUAUUUUCAAAUCUGAUAGACUGUUGACGCGUAACCUAUAAGAAGUGGGUUUUAAUAAAUUAUAAUAAUGUUACCUCUAACUUUACUAAAAACAGCGCAAAAUCACCCCAUGUUGGUGGAGCUGAAAAAUGGGGAAACUUACAACGGUCAUUUGGUCAGCUGCGAUAACUGGAUGAACAUAAACCUCAGAGAGGUUAUAUGUACGUCAAGGGAUGGUGACAAAUUCUGGAGAAUGCCUGAAUGCUAUAUAAGAGGCAGCACAAUAAAAUAUCUGAGGAUCCCAGAUGAAGUAAUAGAUAUGGUAAAAGAAGAUAUACAGAUGAAAUCAAGGGGACGCGGCGAAAUGAAGGGUCGAGGUCAGAAUCAAAGAGGACGUGGUGGUGGAAGAGGUACCUUUGGCAGAGGAGGAAGAGGUCCAGCACCAUUGGGUCGUGGGGGUAGUACACAAGUCGGAAAUAAAUCACAAAAUAAACCAAGACCUAAAUGAAACCAAAUAUUAUUUUUAUUUUACUUCAAUUACAUAAUUCUACGCGAAUACUCGAAAAUAUUAAUUUUCUUUUGCGAAGAUUCGUCACUUAUUCCGAUUCCUUAUUGUUCCACAUAAUCUUGUAAACUUAAUAUCUUAAUUUAUAUCAAACUACAAACUAUAUUGCUCGUGUGAACAUUGUACUUAGUUGUACAUAUCAGGAGACACAAGCGCAGCAAUAUUACAGUAUUCUUUUGC